AAAUUUUGCACCAUUUGUAACGAUUGUUUGGAAGAAGAGUUUAUUAGUCUUUAAAAUUUGGCGAAAUAGUGAUUACCAAGUGGUACUGGCAGAAAGCAACAACAACAACAAAAACACUGUUGAGCAGAGGUACGGAUACAAAUAUGUGUGUGUGAAGAAAUAUGUUGUGAUUUGUAGAAGCAUGUGUGAAACCACUCAUAAAAAAAACUAUUGCUUUGAAAAUUGUGAUCAUUUAUUUUCCUUCGUAAUUUUGUUAGUGCACUGAAACAUCAUUUUUACUAACCAGUGAGUUAAAGUUUUGUUUGUGAAUGUUCCUGUAUUGGAAAACGCGAACUCAAAGUUAAAAAGAAAUUAUUUUAUCAGUCAUUGUAGAAAAUUAGUAACCUCAAAAAUACACUUGUCAAUACAGUGUGUCGGUGUGUUUUAAAUAAUUUCCUGGUAGAUUCAAUCUUCAAGUAUAUAUAACAAUGUCGACUACUGAGGAAAAUUUUAUAUGCAAAAAUAUGCGACUGCUUACUUGAGGAUAGCAGUAGUCUUAAAAUACAUUUGACAAUUCACACUGAUAAAAAGAGUCAUGAAAAUGCAAUAUGCCACCGUUCAUAUUCGCAAAGUAGUCAUCCUAAAACAAAUAGAACAAUACACAUUGAAGAUAUGAAUCAUGAAUGUGAAAUAUGUGUACACAAAUGUCAUCUUAAAAAGCACAUGAAAAAAUACACUGGUGAAAAGAAUUAUGAAUGUGAAAUGUGUGAAUAUUCCACUUUGCACAAAGGUGAUCUUAAAACGCACAUAAGAGUACAUACUGGUGAAAGAAAUUAUCAAUGUGAAAUAUGUCACCGUUCAUUUUCUCAUAGCAGUUCUCUUAAAAGACAUAUGACAAUACACAAUGGUGAGAAGAAUUAUCAAUGUGAAAUAUGUCAUAGUUCAUUUACUCAUAGCAGUAAUUUUAAAAGACAUAUGACAAUUCAUACUGGUGAUAAAAAUUAUGAAUGUAAAAUAUGUCAGCGUUCAUUUUCUCAGAGCAGUAAUCUUAAACAACAUAUGAAAAUACACACUGGUAUGAAAAUACACACUGGUGAGAAGAAUUAUAAAUGUGAAAUGUGUGAAUAUUCCACUUUGCACAGAAGUAGUCUUAAAACGCACAUGCAAAUACAUACUGUUGAGAAGAAUUAUGAAUGUGAACUUUGUCACCGUUCAUUUUCACAAAGUGGAACUCUUAAAACACAUAUGACAAUACACACUGGUGAGAAAAAUCAUCAAUGUGAAAUAUGUCAUAGUUCAUUUUCUCAUAGCAGUUCUCUUAAAACGCAUAUGACAAUACACACUGGCGAGAAAAAUCAUAAAUGUGAAAUAUGUCAUCGUUCAUUUUCUCGAAGAAGUAAUCUUAAAACACAUAUGAAAAUUCAUACUGGUGAUAAAAAUUAUGAAUGUAAAAUAUGCCAGCGUUCAUUUUCUCAGAGCAGUAAUCUUAAAAGACAUAUGACAAUACACACUGGUGAGAAGAAUUAUAAAUGUGAAGCAUGUCGUACUUCAUUUUCUCGAAAUGGGUAUCUUAAAAGACAUAUGACAAUACACACUGGUGAGAAGAAUUAUAAAUGUGAAGCAUGUCGUAGUUCAUUUUCUCGAAGUGAGGAUCUUAAAAGACAUAUGACAAUACACACUGGCUAGAAAGAAUUAUAAAUGUGAAGCAUGUCGUAGUUCAUUUUCUCGAAAUGGGUAUCUUAAAAGACAUAUGACA